GUUCAUCGAAGACGGAAGAGAAAAUUCGAAGAAUCCAAAUCAGUGUUUCCUCUUCUCUCUUUGCUAAGCCCUUUCAGCUUUUUGGUUCUCCAAUGGCUUCGAGCAACGCGGCUGCUGGGGUUGAUAAUACGUUUAGAAAGAAGUUCGAUGCGGAAGAGUUCAAGGAGCGUGCUCGUGAACGCGAAAAGAAGGAGUCAGAUCGGUCUAAAUCUCGGUCUAAAGGUCCUCCUGUGCAAAGAGCCCCUUUGAAGCAUAGAGACUAUCAUGUUGACCUAGAAUCUCGUCUGGGCAAGACACAGGUCGUUACACCGGUAGCGCCUCUAAGCCAGCAGGCCGGUUAUUUCUGUCGCGUCUGUGAAUGUGUCGUUAAAGACUCAGCAAAUUACUUGGAUCACAUAAAUGGGAAAAAACAUCAACGGGCACUGGGAAUGUCUAUGCGGGUGGAGAGAUCGUCACUUGAACAGGUCCAGGAGCGGUUUGAGGUUUUAAAGAAGCGGAAAACGCCAGGAACUUUCUCUGAACAAGAUCUAGACGAACGCAUCCGGAAACAGCAAGAAGAAGAGGAAGAAUUAAAAAGGCGACGUCGAGAGAAAAAGAAAGAGAAGAAGAAAGGGAAGGUGAUAGAAGAGGAGCCUGAGAUGGAUCCUGAGGUUGCAGAGAUGAUGGGAUUCGGGGGAUUUGGAUCUUCGAAAAAAUCAUGAAUUUUUUUUUUUUAAUCACCCGUAUCUGUGUUCUAGCGUUUUUGAUCCACAACUUUGUAAUCUAAAAGCAAAUGUCUUGAGAUAUUGUUUCAUUGUGCAAGAAGAGGAAUUUGUAUCAUUAAAGUAAUUGGUGCGAUGACAAAUUUGAACUAUGUCUUAGGAGUUCCCUUUGAACAAUGUAUGGUUGGAUUGGUUC